AUGGCCUCACCACUUUCAACAGACAGAUCAAGGAUCACAGUAUGGUCAGUGGUGGAGCAAUCAACAGGAGCUAUCGGCACGAGCCUCUCCAACCCUAUCGGCGCUGCAGUGGCCGGCAUCACUACCACCUCUCUCGGUGCUGUCCUCUGGUGGCGCUACUUCCGACGAAUCCCAAAUGCCGAGUUCAUCACACCUGCCGUUCUUCGCUAUCGCAAGGCCUUGGUCGGCCGCGUUGUCACAGUAGGAGACGCCGAUGGCUUCCGCUUCCACCACACACCGGGUCCACCCUACCUACGUGACUGGCUCUAUCCUUGGCCGCCUCGGGCCAUCAAGAAGACCAAAGGCAGUGGUGCUGGUGGUCGAUCCAGACUAGUACGCGAGACCAUAUCGGUCCGCAUUGCCGGUGUUGAUGCCCCUGAAAGUGGUCACUUCGGCAAACCAGCACAACCAUUCUCAAAGGAAGCGAAAGCAUUCCUUACUUCCAUGGUUCAGUCUCUCUCUACACCAAACAAGACGACCCCUUCAAGCAAAUUCACUUUCUAUCCACCGACUCCAGACAAAACGACACCAGCAAGUGGGUCAGCGACAGCGAACGAAAUCUCAGGAAAGCUGGUCUGGCUAUAUCCAUCGCACAUCGAUCAGUACAAGAGGUUGGUUGCAACACCGUAUAUUUGGGAGCCACCUUAUGUGUUCGGCAAGACUAACGUCUCACUAGCGAUGGUGAAGGAGGGCUGGGCGACGGUGUACCGAGCUGCUGGAGCUGACUAUGGACAUGCAACGUGGUGGGCCAAGUUCUGGAGGAAGUCAACAACCGGCUUGAGUGCGUUAGAACGAGCAGAAACAAAAGCAAAACGACAAAAGAUCGGCAUGUGGAGCCUUGGAAAGAAGUUCGAGAGCCCUGAAGACUAUAAGCGCCGCUUCAAGGGCGAGUCGUAG